CAAAAGCAUCAACACUGCCAGUCUCAAACAAAACCAAUAUGUUGCCUCACGUAUUCUGUGUAUUCGCGUGUGUUGUGUUCGUACAAUCCACUCCUAUUAAGGGUGGUACCGUAGACUUAGCUAAUCCUGAGCAAGCAAAAGGUUAUGAUCAUAGUACAAUAUUGAAAGAACUUGCAAGACUGGACGGAUUGACCACUGAGAAGGUUAUAACAGAAGAUGCUGUUGCCAAAGACGAAGAAAAAGCUGAAGAUAAGGAUGGAGAAUCAAAUUCAAGAGUCAAAAGAGAAGACAAACCUGUUAUAUCUCUAGAUAAUAAUAUUAGCAGUACUGAUGCGAAGAACAAUACUGAUGUUGGCAAUGGUAUAGAGGACGUCAAAGACAGGCCAGACAUCGAUACAAUACUGACAGUGUUCAAUAACAAAAUCGGAAUUUCGAAGAAGUAUUACUUCAAAAAUAUAUACAGAGAGGUGAACAAUGGGAGGUAUAAGUGCAAAAUUGGGAUAACUACUGGAAAUGUCAUAUUCUACUACAGAUGUAUUUUAGAAAGUAACGGCAUCUCGGGCGAGGGCCUGAUCGAGGCGGGCGAAGGCGAUAUGUUUGACAUCGCAUAACAUUAUUUUAAUGUAGUUAAUAA